UUUCGCUCAUUCUCAAGUGGGAGUCCUCUGUGUGCAUCACGUCUGUGAAUGGCAGCAGAUUGUGCGUGUGAGACUCACAACCUCUCUCUUGGUUUCAGUCUUUCAGUCAGUCCCAGGAGACAUGGUUGGUCGUGGAUUCCAGUUUGAUUUCUUGGACUUGAGAUGCUCCUCCUGUGCAGGCCAUUCACAUCUUUUCAUCCUUGGUCUGAUGUUUGCUUAUUGCACUACUCUCUCCUCUCAUGUUCAAGCAUCAAAAGUGAAAUGCAAGUCAAGGGAUUUUGUUUCCAAAUGUGUCCUUCACCCAGAUGGAGUCCAUGAUUUACAGUGCUUUGGUAAAUAUAGUCAUCUUACAAAAAUGUGUGUGUGGAGACCCGGAAACCACUCAUCAGAAAAGACAUACACGCUCAUCAUACAACAAAACAAAAGACCUUGCAAAACUUACAACAACAUCAAAGAAUUCUUAAAAGAAAUCAAGGUAUUUGAAAAUGACAAUAUAAUUGCUGAGGUUUUUGAAAACGGCGAAUCAACAAAUUGCACAAAGGCAGUUUUCAGUGCUCUACCAAGGAGCCUGUGUAAGUCCACCAAAAUUAAUUUCUUUGUUUUUAUUCAUCUCUUUUUGAUGAUCUGGACAUGCAUAAUACUCCUUUAUAUUUCAGUGAGAUGUGAUCCGCCACACAAUGUGUCCUUCAGUCGACGGUCCAGAACACUAGAUGUGCAUGUGAGCUGGCUGCCGGAAGACGAAAAGGCCGUCAAGUAUUUCUCUGUGAGGUAUAAGGCGCUGGGCAGCCUGCUGUGGAUCCAGCCACCAGUAAAAUCCCAAAAUGGAGAGAGAUGUGCAGUGGAGAAUCUAAACUCCUCCCUGUUCUACACUUUACAAAUACAAUGUGUCACUAAUGAUAAAUGCUCACAGUGCCCAUGGAGUGAGAGGUACACUGUCCCACCAGAACUGACGGCACAGCCUGUCAUUGUGAAGCUUGAAGAUACUGACAUUGCAGAGAAAAAAGGCAGCAGGCUGCUAUCUCUAAACUGGAAGUUUCCUGCCACAGUGCCGCACGAUGGCUACUACGUGACCAUUGGUAAAGCAUCGGGAGAGGCUCCGUGCGAGCAGAUGAGGACCGCUCAGCCUGAGAUCAGACUGGUUCUCUCCCACUCAGCGUACCAUCUCAACAUCAGUGCUGUCAACAGUGCCAGCACCUCCCCACCUGUAGGCCAGACAAUACCACAGCGACAGGACGCUCCCGCGGGGAAGCUGAACGUGACAGUCCACAGCAAUACAUCUUUUACUGUGUACUGGAAAGAUGAUGUGAUCAAGACCUAUGUCUGCUAUUCUGUGGAGUGGAGGCAAAAGGGACAUAAAGCAGCAUCCAUGUCCUUUUAUCAGAACGCAAACAACUGGAGGACCUUAUCCCCUUUACCAGCGCCUUUGGAGCCUUACAAGAGAUACAGCAUCAGUCUACACACACGACCAGAGAAGGAGACCUGCAACAUCAAGUACAUCAAUGGGAGUGAGAGCACCUAUGGGUCUACUCAGUUCUAUUUCGUCGAAGGAUCGCCGGUCAGCGCUCCCAGCAUCAGCAGCUACAAUGUGACGCUGAAUUCGGUGGUGCUGCAGUGGUCGUCCAUCCCGGAGGAAGACGUCCGAGGCUUCCUGCUGGGUUACAUGAUCCACUACGCCGAGUACCACCACCGGGGGACAAGUACAGAGAGAAAUAUCACCGUGGAUCCGCGGUUCGACACCUAUGAGUUGUGGGAUCUCAAAGGAGGCGCAAUGUACCAGGUCCAGAUAUCCGGUAUCACCCAGGCAGGAGCAGGCGUACGAAGUGCAGCGUGCAUCUUCAUAACAAACAAUCAAGGAUAUAUUGAUCCCAAUCUAAGUGGCCUUAUCGUUAUCUUUGCUGUUGUGAUUUUUGGAUCCGUGAUAAUAAAAAGAGCAAAAGUCUUCCUGUGGCCCAGCAUACCCAAUCCUGGAAAUAGCAAUGCAAUGCAGAAAAUAGAAGGACCCUGGGAAAUGGAACUCCUAUCAAAGUCCAUCAAAACUCUAACGGUAGAAGAGUGGGAUACAGAUAGUCUCCGGAUAGUCGAGAAAGAAGGUGUGGUCCUUCCAUCGGUGUUGUUGCUCCUCCAUGACUCAAAAGAUGAAGAAGAUGAAGAAGAUGAAGAAGACUCAUCAGAGGCGAUUUGCAACUGGACCCUGGACACGGAGCAUGCAGGCGGACACGUCGUACCCGAUGACACAACAGACGCCGUCUCAGACUUCCAGAGUUCCCCUGUUGCCUUUUCGAGUGAAUACACGACAUUGGAAAGUUUUCAGCAGCUGAUGCCCCAGGGGAACCCGGCCAUCACCCAGGACUUGGGAAGUGAUCCACCGGACACAACAGUUGUGAAGUUAAGAUUGGACUAUGUCAAACGAUUUAGUGCCAGUCCCACCUUGGGCAGCGAGGAGGAGUACACAGGUUUCUGAGAAGAGUUUGUAGUUGGACCGCAGGACGUGAUGAACCCAGGAGCAUGAAGAGAAGAACCACUCCAUGCAUGUCUGAAUCAAACAAGUUCUUUGUGGCACUUCAGAGGUGGACAGUGAGGGACCAUAUUGUUCGAUGGUUGUUGCAGGUCAACAUCGGGGAUUCAUUGAGUACAUUUAACGCAAUGAUUAUGUCAACUGCCAAUAUUACUGUUAAACAUAAACUCUUGCCAAAAUGGAAACUAAAUUGAGUGUAUAAAGCCAGAGGUCUAGUUUGAGUUCUCUUCCUACCUCUAUGUGGGUAAUUUUAUAUUUGCACUUCUUUUGUCCAUGAACAUCAUCUGCACUCAUUACAUUCUAUACAUUUGUGAAAAUACAGUAUCUAAUUUCCAUAUGUAAAUGUGAAUACCUCAUGAUGUAACAAUGACUGAAAAAAAAAAGUUUAAUUUAUUAAAUUUUGGUAACUGG